GAGCUAAGGGAUGUCCUAUGGGACUUGAAAAUCACCCUCCUCGGCACCCUUUGUCCCCAUGGAUUCCAAGGACCCAGAUGCCACUGCAGUAGGGCUGGAGCCAACUACCGCCCGCCCCGGGGCACAAGAACAGCCUGCGUGUUGCCAGGCACUGCUCUUGGCAGAGAGGCUCAGUGCCCAUUGCGCAGGCUCACACACACAGAUCCUCCCCGCCCGCGCCUGAGGGUCUGGGCAACACGCCCACCGGAAGAGGCGGGUCUCGGCGGCCCGCGACGCUGAUUGGCCAGGAAGCGCCUGACGCGGACUCCCGCUAUAAGUACUGCUCGCUGGCCGUCUGCGCCAGACGUUCUCGCCCAGAGUCGCCGCGGUUUCCUGCUUCAACAGUGCUUGAACGGAACCCGGCGCUCGACCCCUCCGACCCCAGCCGGCUGCUCCGAUCCAGAACCCUUUGCAACCUCGUCGCUCCGCCGCUCCAGCGUCGCCACCGCGCCUCGCCCCGCCGCUGCCAUGACCACCGCGUCUCCCUCGCAAGUGCGCCAGAACUACCACCAGGACUCAGAGGCUGCCAUCAACCGCCAGAUCAACCUGGAACUGUAUGCCUCCUACGUCUAUCUGUCUAUGUCUUGCUACUUUGACCGGGAUGAUGUAGCUCUGAGGAACUUUGCCAAGUACUUUCUCCACCAAUCUCACGAGGAGAGGGAGCAUGCUGAGAAACUGAUGAAGCUACAGAACCAACGAGGCGGCCGAAUCUUCCUGCAGGAUAUCAAGAAACCAGACCGUGAUGACUGGGAGAACGGGCUGAAUGCGAUGGAGUGUGCACUGCACUUGGAGAAGAGUGUGAACCAGUCACUCCUGGAACUGCACAAACUGGCGACCGACAAAAAUGACCCCCACUUGUGUGACUUCAUUGAGACCCAUUACCUGAACGAGCAGGUGAAGUCCAUCAAAGAGCUGGGUGACUUCGUGACCAACCUCCGCAAGAUGGGAGCCCCGGAAGCUGGCCUGGCGGAAUAUCUCUUUGACAAGCACACCCUGGGACACAGUGAUGAGAGCUAAGCUGACUUCCCCAAAGCCACGAGUGACUUUACCGCUCACUGAGGCCGUGCAUGCAUGUCGGGCUGCCUUUAUCUUUUCUAAAAGUUGCACCAAAACAUCCGCUUAAGUUCUUUAAUUUGUACCAUUUCUUCAAAUAAAGAAUUUUGGUACCCAA